CUCCGAUAAUUAUCGCAUCGUCCCGACCCCAGAGGUGCCUGUCGCCCGUCCCUCCCCGCUGGGUGGCGCCCCACGCUGGCCCCACAUCUGUUUCCCAUCACCCCGCCGUCUGACGGAUCGGACAGCAGUUCGUGGAUCGUCCCGCGUUCCCCGCUGAUACACACGGCCUCCUGACGAAACCCAAACCGCGAUUCCCCCACCCAGCGCCUGCGAUUACUUUCCGGUGUCCGCCAUAUUUUCUCUGACCAUCACAGGUCAAACAGCAUCAGUGCUAUCUCGGUCGCUCUUUUCCCGUUCAAAAACCAACGAUGAAGCGAUUUCUGGUGGUCGGGCUGCUAGCUCUUCUGUUCGGCGUGGUUUUCGCGGCUCCUACGGGGGAAGAUAACGAGACCAUCCCCGAGGAUGACGAGUGUCCCGAAGAGUGUCCAGAGGAGUGUCCGGAGGCCCUGGGAUGUGUGGCCGGGAAGAAGAUGGACAGGUGUGGCUGUUGCGAGGUGUGCGCCAACAUGGAGGGUGACCUGUGUGACCUGAGAGGAGAUGACAGGGUUUUCGGGGAGUGCGGAAAGCACCUGGAGUGCCGUCCCAACGUCGACUCUGCCGAGGACGGAGAGGUUCCCGACAACAUCUGCUUCUGUAAAUCCUCCGAGGACAUGUGCGGCUCUGACGGCGUGACGUACGGGAACAUCUGUCAGAUGAUCACCGCCGCCUUCCACAGCAAGACUCCCAUCAAACUGGAGCACAAGGGACCGUGUAAAACUGCUCCUUUCAUCCGUACUGGCCCCGAGGCCCUGAAGAACAAGACCGGCGGUAACAUCGUUCUGAGCUGCGAGGUGCACGGCUUCCCCAUCGCCGUGGUGGAGUGGCUGAAGGACGGCACCAGCCUCAUGCCCGGGGAUGACAUGCACGUGGCCGUCCAGGCGCGCGGCGGGCCCGAGAAGUACGAGGUCACCGCCUGGCUGCAGAUCCAGGACCUGAGGAACACUGACCAAGGCACAUACACGUGUGUUGGAAAGAACUCGUACGGCUCUGCCGAAGCCUCGGCCUUCCUCGAGGUCCUGCCGAGGGAAGGCGAGACGUACCCGGAGCCCAGCGAGUUCGCGCUCGCCGACGAAGCUCCCGACAACUGGGAGAACGAGUGGGACGACGACCUGUAAACUGUCAAUCCGAUCGAUCGAACGAAUAAACGAAGUCAAAUUUAGGAAGACGUAGGAGCAUUCUUAGACACAUUUCUUUCUGUACACAACUAUUUUUUCACUAGUAGCAACGUACUAGACAUUUUUUAUACCGCGAGAUAGUGGACAUUGUGUAAAACCGCAUUACAGUUACACUUGUAUAUUUUGUACACUGUAGCAGAGGUCAAGUAUGAACAGGAAAUGAUUAGAAACGAAUCAGUCACGUUACCGAUAUGUUCUUGUUUUAGCUGUACUUUGUAAUAAAAACAAGUCCGGAAAAAUGGUCACUAAGGAGGGCCUAACUCCGAAGUAUAUACUUGUGUGGAGACAGUAUUAGGCUAUGUGUACAUUGGAAACAUAUUUAGAUGCAUAUAAACCUAUCAAAUCUGUGUUCCUUGUCACAGUUAUCCUUGAGCAUAGGUACGUGGGAUUCUUACCAAUCAUAGUGCCAUUAAGGGUCAUCUUGAGACGUAAGAUGUUGUAAAAGAUUCCUUACAUGUUGUCUUUAACCACGUCAUAAGCGAUAACGUUACAUAUAUAACGCAAUGCUGUCCUGUGUAGUAGCUUCUGAAAACAUAACAUUUCCAGCAAAUUUGUCGAUAGGAUUAAGAUUUCCUGGAACAUACUUUUGUACCAAUGGAAGUAGAUCUACUUAGGUAUACUAACAAGAAAUUGGUGCUAUUUUUGAAUGUCGAGGACGAAUUUAUAUAUUUUCCUUGAUUUAAAAGUUCUCACUGUCCUCCAAAGUACUCAAAGUGACAAAUUAGGAAGAAAGGUGUUUGUAAAGACUGGAUAUUCAUAACACUUUCGUAAUAAAACAUUUCAAUGGUGCUAGCACAA